GUAUCAAUCUUCUUUUUUGAUCUCCGUUGUUCUUUUGCGUGUGCGUUUUUUGUUUUGUUUUGGACGCCGAAGUUGAAGGCUGGCGCCGAGCGGCCGAAGCGUCGAAGAGUCAAGGCAAGAGUUCUCCACUUCUCCGUACGUGCAAGCCAAGGAUCACGCAACACUCUGUGUCCCACACACAAGUAAAUAAACUCCAAAACAUAACAAAACAUAACGUGGAACCGCUUAUAACUAGACUAACUAAGAAGAAAUCAAUAGAAUGACGAGCAGCAACAGCAACAGCAAGAACAACAUGAGCAUUGAAGAACAAGCGCACAAUCUUCGUUUGGCGGAUGGCGACUUGCAUGCCGAAGCACAGUACCAACCCAAUGCAAGUACCAACAGCAAUCAUGAUAACAACAGCACUCCAACAACAACAACCACAACAACCACAACAAGAACUUAUCCUUAUCGUUUUAUUCCACUCUGCAUGGGCGGCAAUACGCACAUGGUCUCGACGGCAUCCCGCGCCCUCCUUCAGCAAGAAGUCUCGCUGCAGGAUUUGCAAACCAUGACAGAACUAUUCUACGAAAAGGCAUUUCAAGAUCCGACACUCGAUCAGUUCAUUCGCGCCCACGAGGAUCCUCACGGAGCACGGUUUGCCAAGUGGAUUCAUCAAAAACUCAGUGGCAGUUCCGUUUGGGAUGCCGAUCGCAGGUUGCGUGACAAGACACCCGUGUUGGUCGCAGGAGGUCGUCACGCCAUUGUUGUCCACGAUCGAAGUUCGGCCCAUGCAGCUGCAUGGCAUUCUCCCAAACGACCACGCCACAGUGUUGGACGUCAUUUCCAAUUGGACGAAUGUCGCGUCUGGAUGCGAUUGCAUUUCUGGGCGUUGCGAGAAUCGGGACUCUUGCAAAAGAGUCCCACUUUUGCCGACUAUUACGUGCGCUUCAUUGGACAUUUUGUCCGUGUCUAUGAAAGGUUGGCACCGGCGUUUGCUCGUGAUUCCUUUCGAUGGUCGGCCAAUGCCAACAAUAUUCGACGCUACUUGAAAGCCGGACGACGCAUGAAGGAUGUCUUGGGAUUGUCCCCGACAAAGGCCAUGAAGCAGAUUCCAAUGCAAGAAUAUCAGGAUCCCGAAUGGCCCUAUCAUCAGACGCCGCCAACCGAGAAUUCCGAGACGGAUGAUGAUGACGAAAAGAAUGGAGCAGCUACAUCUGCCUGGGCGUAACUAAGUACGAGACUUCAAACCUAUACAUGACACGACAACUCACAAAGAUGAUGGAUUUGCCAUGGGUGUAACACUCGGUUUUGUGGUGUUGUGAUUCCCAGUGUAGAUGAAUAGUAUGGCUCGUCCUUUUGAGUGUACAUCUAGUUGGUGUUUUCGUUCAGAAGUCACUGGAUGGUUGUUGUCGUCAAUAAACUUGGUGAUGAAUGCUGCAGGGAUCCAGACAAACGAAAACCCAUAUGUAUAAAUCCCAAUAUAAGAUUGAAACCGCAGACUUUAUUGCUUCCGAACUAGCGGU